AUGGCGGCCGCGGCGACGGCGAUGACGGCGUCGUCGCACAGGGCAGCGUUCGUUGAAGGCACGCGCCAGUUCGACAUCGUCGGCUACAGCGCUCUCAAGGCGCUCGGCCGCAGGCACUCCGUCACCUCCGGCACCUUCCGCGUCGCCGGCCGUGACUGGGUCCUCGUCUGCCGCUUCGACCCUGCUGCCCUCUCGGACAUCGGCAACGGCGAGGCCGAGUCCAUCAUCUUCACCCCGUCCUCGUCCUCGUGCAAGCAGGCGGUUCCCGAUGCGUUCCGGAAGUGGGAGGCACGCUACGUCCGGGACGACCGCCUCCGGAUCUGCUGCACCGUCCGCGUCCUUGAGGUGGAGUCUCGCCCGACCAGCUACUGCUUCGUCGCCGCGCCGUCGCCGCCGGACACCACCCGGUGGCUCUCCGCGCUGCUGGGGAGCGGGCGGCGGGCGGUUCUGCCACAGCGGGCGGACGUGACGUUCGCCGUCGGGACCAGCAGGUUCGACGCGCACAGGCUGGUGCUCGCCGCGCGCUCGCCGGUGUUCCGGGCCAAGUUCUUCGGGAGCAGCCGGGACAGCAGGCAGCGAUGGUUCAGGGUCCACGACGUGGGGGCUCCCGUGUUCGGGGCCAUGCUCCGCUUCAUCUACACCGACGAGCUGCCCCCGGAGGCGGCGGCGCCGGCCACGGCCCACGACCUGCUGGUGGCCGCCGACCUGUACGACCUGGAGAGGCUGCGGCUCAUGUGCGAGAGGACGCUGUGGGAGAGCGUCCUCGCCGACGGCGUCUCGGCCGCCCUGUCGGUGCUGCUGCGCGUGAACGGCCGGCACAGCUGCCGCCAGCUCGAGGACCUGUGCGUGGGCUCCGUCGCCGGCGCCUGGGAGGCCGCGACGGCGACGGACGAGUACAGGGAGCUCAAGGCCAGCUGCCCCGCCCUUCUCAACGAUAUCCUCGAGAAAGUGGUGGUGAGCCGCCGCCGUCUCGGAUCUGGCCCGCCGCCACCGAGCCCACCGUCGUCGGAGAAGAUGAGCGCGUCGACGUACAGGUCGUCGGACGUGUGGAGAGGCAUGCACGAGUUCACAAUCUUUGGGUACAGCGGCGUGCGGAGGGUGCACAGCGCGGCAGGCGACUUCAUCUCCUCCGGCACCUUCGAGGUCGGCGGCCACGAGUGGCGCAUCCUCUACUACCCAUCGGGCUACGACGAUUACCAGAGCGACAACGUAGCCGCCCUCCUGCAGCUGGUGACGGGCCCGGCCGAUGUCAGCGUCACCAAGGAGGUGGCCGGGACCUUCAUCAUCGGAAACCAUCAUGAUAACUUGGACGACGGCGCCAUGGUCGAUUUCUUCCACGACUUCACGGAUGACAGCUUGGAGAAUGGCAGCAUCGUCGAGCUGGCCGGCGUGGAUGAUGUCAAGUCAAUGCACGUUGGUCGAGACGACAGCCUCACGGUGAUGUGCGCGUUCGAGUUCGGAGUCCGCGUCGCAAGACGCAACCACGACGGGCACCGCCGCCGCCGCCCGGGAGACGGUCGUCGUGCCGCCGCCCAACAUCGCCUGGCACCUUGA